GAAAAAAAAGGUCCCUCCUUUCAGGUGCGUUUCACUAAACUAAACUCUAGAGCUGAGAGAACACGCUUCAGAAGUCUUUUACGGAAAUAAAGAAGUACAUAUCAGAACCACUCCAAAAUGGCAGAGUCAGCCGAGGCCGUGGUAGCUAACCUGAGCAGCAAGAGGAAUGUCACCAUUGAGAUCACCAAUCUCACAAACAACUACUGUCUCAUAAACCCAAAGGUAUUCCUGGAGAGUGGGGAUACCUACAACCCUCCCCAGCCCACAGUGCGGCCCCUAAAGACCAAUAUCUGCACAUUCAGCAAAUCAAGCGCCAAGGCAACGGGCAGCAUUGGCGUUCUGACCUAUGACCUCUUUGAGAGGUCCCGGAACGACUACAUCGAGACAGUGGCCCUCAUGUUCGCUGUGCCCUGGGACUACAACAUCUACAAGAACUGGUUCGCUGUGGGCAUCUUCAACAAGGGCCGAGCCUGUGAUGAGUCACUGUAUAAAGAGAUGUACUAUGAAAAAAACCAGAAAGGUUUCAUUAGAGAGGAAGCCAAUGGCUCAGGGAUCAACUAUGAAGGGAACCACCUGGACAUCAAGGUCACCAUGUCCCCCAUGGGCAGGGCCAUCAUGAAGGUGGAGGUGUGGGACAAGCUGUUCACUCCCAACCAGCAGGCCUACUAAGGGGAACCUCCAGCCUCCACCCUCUUCACCAGCACUACAGUAUACCUCUGUUGUGUUGUACCUCUGUGCCAAAACCAAUCCAUCCACCAUUAGAUAUUACUACCCUGCUAUACUGCUACUGUCUGUCUGUAUGCAUGAUUUAACCCAUGUUUUGUUGCUGAAAUGUCUGAAUUUCAAGACAUUACCUUUCAGUAAAUCUGCUUAAGAUCACAGUUUAGUUUGUUUAUGAAUCCAGGCAGAAGCGAUAUCUUCUAUUUUCUGUAGAAGUCACUGUUCUCUUCAUCUCUCAGUACCAUCCUCUUUCAACUGGCAUCUUCUCUAGAAAUGUAAAUCAAAAUGACUCACCAGAGGACGAGGGUGCAUAGCUUACUUAACAACAUAUAGCCAGGAGCUGUCUCUGUCUGUAUCUACUUAUGGCAAUAAUAGUCUAUGGAAUAAAUGUUGUUGUUUUGCUAAAGCUAUUUGUGUAUGAUGAGUUUCUCUCUAUUGAUUGAGCCAGGAAAAAUUAUGCAACAUUGUCCCUGAAGGAAAAUUAUACAGGCUUUUAAUGGAUACAGUAUGUAAGGCCAAAAUACAUUUUUCAUCAAAUAAUUUUUUCCUAUAUAUUUUUUAUGCUUCAAGGGGUCUUAAAAUUCCAAAUCAAAUAGCUAAAUGAUCCUUGGUAUGACCUUCUCAAAACAAUUCAAUAUACUGUAGCUUAGUAGACCCCCUUGGCUUAGACAGGGCUUAGUCUGUAGAGGGUACCUGUGAUCACCUAAACUAUAGUGUAUCUGUAACAAGAUGCGUGAUUCACAGGGUUGUAGUGAGUCAAUGGCCAUGGCUGGUGCACCCUAUUCCACCACACUGUGUUUUCCUAAAAUGUUUCAAGGCAUA